CCAAGAUGGCCGCGCGCCUCUCAGCGCCCGCGUGACGCCGCGGCACCGCGCGCCGUGGCACGCGACAGCGGUUACCCCGGCAACCGCGGCGGCUUCCCGCGCCUACCCCACCUCCCCCGGCUACGGCGAGCGGCGAGCGGCACAAAGAGCCGGAGCCGGCGGGGGGCGAAGCGCCCCCUGCCCUUCCCUGCAGAGCCGGGGGCAGCAAGGAUUCAAUGAUCAUUCAGAAUCUGAAGUGGAGGAAUCUGCCUACCACCAGCUGCUGAACCACCUAAGAACCACACACCUAUAGUUGAAUCCCCACCAUCACUGGAUGACUUACCUGGUGUGGAAGCACCAGCAUCUGCAGCCCAGCCAUCUGUAGUGGAAUUGCCAGUGUGUGCAGACCAGCUGGCUGUCAAGAAACCACCACGUUCUGAGCACCACUUCCUGCUCAUUGUGUAGUCUGCAUCCACAGAAAGCUCACCUGAGAUCAGAUCACCUGUGGGUGAACUUCCAGAUUUCAAAGUCAAGAUGUACACCUCUGAAUCCGCACAGGAGGGCAGUAACACCGUUGAGACUGUGUUGUCAGCAGCAGAGAUUACAUUUGAAUCAGUGGAGAAUCCAGAGGCUUUUGGAGACCCCUAUCAAGCUGCCAUGAAUUAUGUUGAGGAACAUAAAAUUCUACAGAUAUUUCAGGAUAUCACAGAGAAACUGCUGUUCCAUAAGCCUGACGACCCCUUGCAGUUCAUAUUGAAGGAGGUGCAGUCUUUGAUAGAAGCCAGGCAAGCAGAAGUGGAGAGACUAUCAGAAGUGAACAAAGAUGCGCAAGUGCUCUAAUUUCCUGAUGAAUGGUGGUGUAUUCCCAAAUGACUGUCUCUGUGGCUAUGAAGAGAACACCAUAAAAACUUCCAUCUAUCUAUUUUUAAAAAAAAAAUGUAUGAUGACUGGGUUGUGUGAUUCUACACAGCACAGUUUGGGCGCCAAAAGUCUGGCAUAAAAGAGGGCAAGUAUUUAGCAUGCAAAUUCCAUGUGUGAGAUGAGUUUCUAUCUGAGUUUCUCAAAAAGGAUCAGUUAACUCAUGUGUUUCAAGAUUGGAGGCAGGUAAGCACCCCUGUCAUUCAUAGGGCAGGGAAUUUUUCAAGGUUUCUGUGAAUGUAAAGAUGGCUCGAGAUUCAGAUUAAAUCUUCAUUGGUUCUGUAAGAGCUUUAAUGUAGACUUGGGCGUCUAGGUCCCACUGCAGCAGUGAGAUGCUUUUGAAAUCCCUGCUUAUCUCCAGCAGCUGGAAAAAUCUGACACUGAGAAUCUGAGAUGGAUCUGCUUACAAAUUCUUGACCAAAAAUGUAUUAGGCUGAAAAACAGUGUAUACGUGCCCUGUCCUAAUGUAUCUCUGGGGAACAGGAAAUGUAUGGAAGAUGAAGAUAGUGUUUGAAGCCUUUUCAUCUCCACGGUCAUUUGUCAGCACAUUGUCCCAGGAGAUGGAGAAGCUGACAUGUCUUUGAAUUUUGUUGUAGAACAGGAUUAGGGUGCCUUGGGGUACAGUCUUCACUGUAUAUUUCCUGCCUCUGACAUUUGAGUAUUGCAUUUUGUUGUUCUCUCUUACUUACAAAAAGCUUUUGACCUGUAAUACAUUAUCAGACUAUAAGUAUAUGCCUUCAACUUCAUGUCAUGAUUAAGGGAGUUAUGCAAGGGGAGAUCCUUAAUUCCUCUCUCAGGUAGGUUGGAAUGAGCUGGAAAGCAGUCUUCUUACAGGUGACAGAAGUUUUGCAAGAGAGGCCGUACCCCGUGUUCCUCAGUAGUCUCAGGGCCACAAUUUCCCUUUGGUGGCCUGGCCACCUCAUCUCAUGCUAACAAAGUUGCUGUGUUGUAACAAGAAGUCCUCCCCAGUACACAUAAGACAGAGCGUCUGUCUUGGCUGUUUCUCAGAAAAGAGAAGUAGUGUUUUCUGUUCGUUUCUUCCUACUAAAGAGAGGUGUUCCUCCUUUGAGGAGCAGUUUUCUAGAAAUGAAUGAGGCUGUACCCAGGACAAGCUCUGUGGGCCUGGAGUUAGCAUGUGUAGAUGGCAUGAGACUGGGGAAGGCAGUGGGCCAAGGACAAUCCUUCAGUGGUCACAGACUUCAGGGGAGGGAGGGUGUAUCAUCUCUCAUCAAAGACUUUGACCAGAAAUCUUGGAGAUCUUAUCAUGAGCUAAGGAGAAAUGUCACUUCCUUCACCUCAAGCCUCUCAGAUAACUGAACCUAAUUUUAUGAAAACACAAAAGCAUCCUCCAGAAUGUUUGCAGAUUAGAAUGUUUAAGGCAGGGUCACACAGCUGCAUUUUUUUGACCUGCUUCAGAAUUAUUCUGAAUAAUACACUCUAGCUCUAGGAAAAAAAUCUACUUCACAUUAAGGCACUGCUCUUUGUGCAUAAGAAAGCUUUUCUGUGCUGAAAAAAAAAAAAAAAAAGAAGAAAAAUUAGAUUUAAAAUGGAAACUUUUACUGUAGUCUUACUUCCAGAGUGAUGGUCCCUUUUCCACAAUUUCUUUCCAAAACCGUUGGAUCCUUAUUUCUUCUUUGUAAGUGGACAUUUAUCAACAUGACAUUAAACUGUCAUUAAAUUUCUUGCCUUGAGUGCUCAGAAGGAAUUAGCAGUUCCUCAUGUGUAACCGAAACUAUUCCAUAUAAGUCCUUAUAGCACACUAGUCACAGCACAUUUGAAUGCCCUCCAGAGUGCUAAGCAACGUGACUAACAUCUGUUGUUUGCUCUUUCUCCUCUCCACAAGGGAAAUGGCUGUGCACUGAAGUGCAUUCUUUUAGAAUGGGUGGUUUGGGGUUUUUUUUACCACACCUGUGUAUUUCUGUGUACUUCUAAUGGAUAAGUCAUGAAGUGGAAGCUGUGGAAGUUGGAGGUAGUUUGUAGUUCCCAAGGAUGAUUCCUCUGCAGUAUGAGCUGGGUACUGAGAAAAUGCAUUAUUUUUAAGGAAGACAUUUUUUUGUUCAUCCAUGGGCAGGCGCAGAGGUGCAACAGCCAGUUCAUCUGCCAAAUGGCAUGAUCUUACGGUGCCCAGACUGUUUCUGUUGUGAACUUUGUGCACCUCCAGAGGCAGGACGCAGAGGAGCCAAUCAGGAGGAAAGUAUAAAAUAGGUCACUUGAACCAAAAUUCAGUUUCUUUUUCUGCCAUCUCAGUAUGGAACUUGAAAAGACUUAGCUGCCCCAAGCAAUACUGACGUUGCCUGUGUACUGCUUCUAACCAAUGGGGGAAAAAAUGUUGUAAGAGCUGAUUAAAAAUCCUUGGAAAAGUUCA